AUGGCCACAGCACCUGCCGAGUGGAAAAGCGAUACCCGUUACUCCCUUCGCGAGCUCGAGCGUUGGGCCGAUCAAGGGCACAGGAAGCCGCUGGAUGACUUAUUCAGAGCGUGGAGGGGAAUCCAGGAGCUUCCCCCCGAUGAUCCCAACAGCUACUGGGCAAUCGCCGGGUAUCACGGGAUACCUUUGGCUCCUUUUGACCCGGAUCAGCCCCACCUGCCGCCACCGUUCGCCUGGUGGGGAGGGUUUUGUCAUCACGGGAACGUACUCUUCCCGAUGUGGCAUCGUGCGUACGUGCACCAUCUAGAAAAUGCCCUACGUACUCAGGUUCCGGACGUGACCAUGGCCUACUGGGACAAAGGUUCAAAGGAUUCGCGCAAUUAUGGCAUGCCGGCGAGCCUCACCGACGAGUUUAUCAAACUGGAUGGAGAGGUGGUUCGGAACCCGCUGCAGCGCUUCACGUUUCCCGUGGAUAUCGAAUCAUCGGCACAGUUCCAGAGCCCGACGAAACCGUCAGUUGCUGACUUCUCCAAACGCGCGGGCACGCACACGGUGCGGUACCCGAUGUCGACGUUCUACGCGAGUAAGGCUGAGAAGGUUGCUGCGGCCGGUAAAGCGCACAACGCUGCCAUACGGAAGCGGUACCCUCGCUACGAAGAUCAGCUGAGAGCUCUCAACCUCAACGUCAGGCUUGCCCUCGUCGGAGACGCUCAGGAUGAUUUGUCCGUGGACUGCGACGGAACGGCAGACGGGGAAACCUACGCGCGCUUGGGGCGCUGCCUUGAGGCCCCAAACUUCAACAUCCUCUCGAACAACAACAGCACGGGUAAGUGGUACACGUCUGUGGAACAACCUCAUGACGAGAUUCACCUCGCCAUUGGUGGUCAAGACCACCAGCCGAUCAAGACCGAGGUACCCGAGACGUACGACAAGAACGGCGAUUUGUCGAAAAGCACGAAGGCGGUCGUGGCACAGAUCAUGGGGAGCAACGGGGACAUGGGGGAGAACGAGACGGCAGCUUUCGACCCUGUGUUCUUCUUCCACCACUGCAACAUCGACCGUAUGAUCUGGAUCUGGCAGAAGAAGUGGGGUAAGACUGCCGAGGGCUCCAUCGAGAUCGAUCCCUCUGACAUGGAGGGGACCUACGGACAGUCCCCGUCGGGGCAGGGGGGCACGCGGACGAUCCCUGGAACCACCAAGCUAACGAUGGAUACCCCUCUGCACCCGUUCAAGUUGCCAUCAGGGGAGUAUGUCACAUCCCGUGACGUUGUCGACCUGCGGUCCCAGCUCGGGAGAGGCUACAGCUUGGGAUCGUUUGACAAGGUGGAGUGGCCGAGCGAAGUGAUCGAAAAGCCGGGGCCUGAGGUCAUCUUGAGCGUGAUGAACAUCAACAAAGCCAGCUUCCUGGGCUCCUUCAGAGUGAUCGUGUCUCAUGAGGACCCUGCCAGCGGGACGGUCACUCCGGUUGCUAGCGUCAGCGUGCUGAGCCGCUGGAACCUCAAGAGGUGCAAGAACUGCCAGAUUCAUCUUUCGAGGGACGUUCACGUCGACAUCACCAGCGUCAAACGCCGGUUUUCCCUGCAGGAGGACAUCACCAAGCACAUCUACACCGUGGACUUCGUAGAUCGCAGUUCAUCCGAUAAGCGGCGAGUGGUUGCAAGCGGGCGGUACGUAGACGGAGAGUGGAAGCUUCUCGUCGGUCGAGAGAAGGUAGAGUCCGUUCGGAUCGAAAUAGACGAAAGGGACUAGAGAGCAUGCAGAGUUUCGCGCACUUACUAAAGACGGCGGGCAUACGUCCAGCAACCCAUAAUAGCAGGGCCACGUGAAUUGAUCCAGAAGCGCGGCGCGAAGUGUGGUGAUUGGACUCGCUAGAAUCUGCUGGUAUGAGCGAUGCUUUUAGAACGGAUUUGAAGCGGGGACCAUUUGCAGAUGGAAGUAUGGAUUCGACUUUUCUGCGAGAGGAAUUUUGCGGGACGUUGCUCCUUUGUCGCGUUUUUUAAGCUUUGUCCGGGGGUGUACUUUGUUACAAUGCGGUCAGUACACAAAACGUACUGUCCGUUUGCUUGUAUUUUGGGACCCGGGCUUCCUUCAACGCAUACCAGCAUUUUUGCUACGAAUAUUUGGUUCGUACAUUUGCAUAUUUAUUUGAUUUGUAUUUAUACGUGCUGUGUUUUGGGAUUUACCUCUCUUCACAGAUCCGGUCAUUGAGCCGAGCAUAUUUUUUGUCAAGACACACUAAAGGAGGGUAGUGAGCUGGUGCGGGAAGCAAGAAGCUGCAUGCGAAGUCAUCGCCGCACGCUUUGUGGUAGCACCCUAGACGGUCUCACUUCUCAGUUCCUGAUGUGGGGUGAUGAGUUGAGCGUAUAUUGAAUGAGACUUACCACUGUUUUUUUGCUGUCCUUUAGCAUGGCGCCUUACCUUACCUCAGCAUGUUUCGAGUGAGGUAAACCAUUGUUUUCUGGUGCGUGAGGUAGAAAGGCGUUAAAUAGUAAGCCGUGGGCUUUGCAUUUGUUUUCUUGCGCGGGUUAGCUUUUUGAAUGGCAGUCAUGACUAAACCAUACACACUACCACAAACUAUUGGCGUGUUGCUAUCAGUGGUGGGUUUGACCCUCUCUCUUGUACGUGAGGAGGUGGCGCGCCUGCGGGUCAUGCGCCGCGUUGUUUCUGUUGUGUCCUUGUGAUCAAUCGGGACGGUGGGGGGGGGGAGUUGCUGCUUUUCACUGGCGCUUGUGGAGCCCUUCUCGUUUGUCAAACAAGGUGCCAAAGAAAAGCAGGGGGGUGGAACAUGGUUUUGCGCUUGUGCGCUCGUGCUUUGGCUUCAGAGCGAGUGCGAAAACGUCUGGGGGUGUUGUUGGAGUUGGUGUUAUCACGAGGUGCUAAAGUGUAUCUAUAUGUGGAGAUAGAUAGGGCAUGGUCCAGGCGAACCGGCCUAUGUCCCGGAAAGAUAGGGGCUGCAGAAGUUGGAGGGACAGACGGGUAGGCAAAAGCGGGAGCACAAGGCUAAAGACCAACAUCCCAUGCGCGUAUGCCCCGUCAUCGGCGCCGUUCGAACGCGUCUUUU